AAGCAGGAGAAGCAACAUGGGAGAGCUGCGUGUCCGCUCCGUUCUGGUGACUGGGGCCAACCGGGGAAUCGGCCUCGGGCUCGUCCGGCACCUGCUGGCAUUGCCAAACCCACCUGAGUGGGUCUUUGCAACUUGUCGCGACCCCAAGGGGCAGCGAGCGCAGGAGCUGCAGAAAUUGGCCUCCAAGCACCCCAACCUGGUCAUCGUCCCGCUCGAAGUCACCGAUCCCGCCAGCAUCAAGGCGGCCGCAGCCAGCGUCGGGGAGCGCCUCAAGGGCUCGGGGCUGAACCUCCUCAUCAACAACGCUGGGAUCGUAAGGGCAAACAAGCUUGACAAUGAAACACUGAAGGACAUGGCCGAGGUGUACACCACCAACACCAUCGCACCUCUGCUGCUCUGCCAGGCAUUCCUGCCACUGCUGAAGAAGGCAGCCCAGGGGAGCCCAGGCUCAGGGAUGGGCUGCAGCAAGGCAGCCAUCAUCAAUAUUUCCAGCAUUGGAGGAUCUAUCAAAGAAAUGUAUUUAUGGGAAGGCAUACAAGCUGCCUGUUAUCGCUGCAGCAAGGCUGCUCUCAACAUGCUCACCAGGUGCCAGUCCAUGGGGUACCGCGAACACGGCAUCCUCUGCGUCGCUUUCCAUCCUGGAUGGGUGCAGACAGACAUGGGGAGCGCAGCCGGACAAACGCCCCCCGUGACGGUGGACGUGAGCGCAGCAGGGAUGCUGAAGGUGCUCUCCAAACUCUCUGAGAAGGACAGCGGGUCCUUCCUGGACUGGGAAGGGAACGUUGUGCCCUGGUGAGGUGCUGGCCCGGCCUCGUGCCUGGAUCCUGGCAGUGGCCCCUCUGCUGCUGCCUGACCUCUGCUUGCUCUUCAAUAAAACCAUAUCUGUGAACAGCAAA